AUGGACAUUGUUCAUGAGCGAUCUGGAAAUCACAGCGAGGAACUCCAGUCUGCUCCUCAAAACAUCAAUACACCAGUUCUUCAUACAUCAACUGAGAACGGAGAUUUCGAGAGGACUAAGCUACUUUUGGAAAAAUCCCCAAGUAAAGUAAAUGAUAUUGAUGAUCGUGGGUGGUGUUCUUUACAUAUUGCGGCAGAGAAAGGAGAUCUUCGCAUUUUCCAGCUUCUCGUGGAUAAAGGAGCUAAUCCCUCAUGUAGCACUAAUGCUAUUUUAACUACACUGCAUAUUGCCUGUUUGAAUGCUAAAUAUGACAUGUGUCACUAUAUACUGUUAAAUUUCCCUUUUUUAAUAAAAAAUGUGGAUAAUCGAUUAUGGAAUGCUGCACAUUUUGCUGCUCAAGGAGGAGAUAUUCGUAUUUUACAGCUUCUUGCUGAAAAAGGGCUCGCCAUUAAAGAAAGCACUAAGAAUAAAUGCACCAUUCUUCAUAUUGCAUGUAGAAAAGCAAAUUAUGAGAUGUCCCAAUAUAUACUGUCAAAGCAUCCUGAAUUGCUAGAUAAUCUCAACGAAUUUGGAUGGAGGGCUGCACAUUAUGCUGCAAAAGGAGGAAAUAUUCGCAUUUUACAACUUCUGAAAGACAAAGGUGUCUCUCUCAAAUUAACCACAGAGAACAAAGAAACUUUACUACAUAUUGCAUGUCUGUACGCUAGAUACGAGAUAUGUCAAUUUCUACUGUCAGUAUGCCCAGACAAUCUACAAGACGUGGAUGAACAAGGAUGGAAUGCUACACAUUUUGCUGCACAAGGAGGGGAUAUUCGUAUUUUACAACUUCUAACUGACAACACGCUAUCUCUCAAAGAAACAACUCACGAAAAAUGUUCUAUACUCCACAUUGCAUGUAGCAAUGCCAGAUACGAUAUGUGCAAGCACAUACUAAAUGUACUUCCUGAAAUCCUACAUGAUGUCAAUGAAUGGGGGUGGAAUGCUGCACACUAUGCUGCACAGGGAGGAGAUGUUCGUAUUUUACAGCUUCUUGCUGAAAAGGGGUCUCCAUUAAGGGGACCACAGAAGAUAAAUGUACUAUUCUUCAUAUUUCGAGUAGUAAUGGAAAUUACGAGAUGUCCUAAUACAUACUGUCAAACUAUCCUGAAAUGA